AUGAUAUCUGCCAUAUUCAUAUUAGAUAAUGAGCUAGAAACAAUUGUUUCUAGGGUAUACCGAGAGGACGUUAGCCGGACAAUAAUAAGCGUGUUUGCAUCGAAGAUACAUAAGGAAACACAUUUAAGAAAUCCUAUAUUGACAAUUGGAUCGACCAGUUUUAUACAUUGGAAGAGUAAUCAACUCUGGUACGUCGUAGUAACAAGACACAAUUCGGAUGCUGCUUAUAUAUUGACAUUCCUGGAAAGCUUUGUGUCUAAUUUGGAAUCUUUGGUUGGACCUGGAAACGAUUCAAUUAUUAUCAAUAAAUUUCCAAUUUAUCAAAUCUUGGAUAAGAUAAUCGAUCACGGAUUUGUAGUUACACUAGAUUUGAAAAAGGUAGUUGAAGAGUUAGACUUGAGAAUUACCAAGUCUCUCGAAGGUGGAUAUAAGAAAGGGUAUACUUUCACAGAAGUGUGCGAUAUCGGACGAGCUGAAGUUGAUAUCAGUAAUGUUGGUGAGGGUUGGAUUUUGUUGGAAGUUGUUGAACAUCUUUGUAAUGAUGGCGAUGGUAUAUUUGGAGAAAUUAUGGCCAUUUCGAAAAAACCAGCGGUGAUUAAACUACAUAUAGAGACCGAGAAAUAUGCCUCCGUCAUAUCCAACUUCAAUCUCGAUAACAUUGAAUUGGAAGAGGAUGUCACUCCCGUAUUGAAUUACCAAAUACCUGAUUUUGGAGAGUUUGUGUUGCUGACGGGAGCUCGUGAGAGACUUGAUAAGGAUACCAGUAGGGUCAGAGUUCGAGUCAGUACAAAGGCCCCAUUACAGAAUGUUGUACUAAAAAUUCCUUCAAGUGAUGGUUGUAAAGAAAUCGCCAGAGAGCAAAUAGAUAAAUCUUGGGCAGUUGAAGAAACGAUAAAUGACUCUGACAAUGUCACCAAGUUACCCGUGAUUCUUGAAUUUAUGUUGGACAAAGGUAUCAGCGGGUUUAAGGUAAACUUUGACGAUCGUGAUUCAUCAAGCAUGAAAGGUGUUCGUUACAAAACCAAGGGAAAAUUCGAAUUGUUUCUAAAUGAAAAUUAA